AUGUUUAGAAAGAAACCCGCUCAGGUUACUUUGGAGGAGCUCGAACAAACAUACAACGACUGUUGUAAUGAGACAAUAAAGAACUUGACAUUGGAAGAGGAAAAUGACGUUGACGAGGCAUUGAAAGGAUGGAAAAGUCUACAUACUACUUUACUAUACAAGUUGGAUCUUUUCGACAAAUACAGCGCCAAAUUGGAGCCACAGGAGAAAACCAUAUUGGACAAUCUAAAAGGAAUACGUGAUGAAAAUGUCAAACAUUUGAUAAGGGUUCAGCUCAGGCUAGACGAAAAGAAUCGAAAACUGAAACGGGAAGCAAAUGGUGUAACACCACCUGUGCCACCACCACCAAGAGGUGCCAGAGACAAGAGUGUGCCAUCAUUGAGGGUAUCACUGCCAUCCAACUCCUUUGGAAGUUCAGCAUCUCUGCUGAGGCCUUUAAUGAGAUCGUUGCGUAGCAGCGCAAGUAAAGGAAGCAGCGUUCCGAGCUCCAGACUAGCAAAAGAAUCAGUCCAACAGGCUUCCCAAGCAGCGUCAAAGUCAUGGCAGAAGCCAAAUAAAUACAAAUUUGACAUGUCUGCUUCACCCAAAGUUGAAGUAUCGAGCUACUUUGCUGACUUUGAUCAGGACACAUAUACUGCAAGAGGUGAUAAUUGGGAAAAAGUUGACUCGUCAAGAUCUUCAUCAGGGUUGUCAGAAAAUUACGAAGAGCCCAACUUAAUAGACAUGGACGACACUACUGAGCCAAAAGACGUAUACCGAUCUAUGGAUGAUUUGACAAUAAAAAUGGUUUCAGAAAGUCCUCAGAAACCAACUCAAUCAAGAAAUGACAAGGGAGGUAUUCCCGAGCAUAUUUCAAAGAGCACCACCGAUGUGCGUCCAAAGCCCAAGGGCCCAUAUACGUACAACAAACCAAAGCCAUUGAAUCUACACAAGUUGAUGCAGCAACUGAAAAAACCCACACUGACAUCAUCUUCGCAAGCUAAGCCAAAGCCGACGAUAACCUAUAACUACGUCAAGCCUAAAACCACGCAAGUGAAGUCACGACCAGCAACCAAUGGAGCAACCAAUGGAGCAACCAAUGGAGCUUCGAAGAAAGCUGUACCCCCGAAGCAAGGGCCAGAGGAAGAGAAGGAAUCGAUCAAUAGCCCUACUAUGGAUGAUUUGCUAAGUGGUUAUGACGGGGACAAAUUUGCACCUGUGGCAGAUCCUGUACAUUCGUUAACGACAGAGAAGGAGCAGGACGCUUUAAUUGCAUCUGUACGCGGACUCGAUCCAAUUGCAGCGAAGAACAUUCUUAAUGACGUUGUUGUUCGCGGAGAUGAGGUUUACUGGGAUGAUAUAGUUGGCUUGGAAGGUGCCAAAAACUCAUUGAAAGAAGCCGUGGUGUAUCCAUUUUUGCGGCCAGAUUUAUUCAAAGGUUUGAGGGAACCGACAAGGGGGAUGUUACUUUUUGGUCCACCAGGGACAGGGAAGACAAUGUUGGCUAGAGCAGUUGCAACGGAAUCACAGUCGACAUUUUUCAGUAUCAGCUCUUCAUCAUUAACCUCAAAGUAUUUGGGUGAGUCAGAGAAACUUGUCAAGGCAUUGUUCCUCUUGGCAAGAAAGUUGGCACCUUCGAUUGUGUUUAUGGAUGAGAUUGAUUCGAUUUUGUCUUCGAGAUCCGAUGGUGAAAACGAAAGUACUAGACGUAUCAAGAAUGAGUUCCUUGUUCAGUGGUCUGAACUAUCCAGUGCUGCUGCCGGGCGUGAUUCCGGGGAAGAUGUAUCGCGUGUACUUAUUCUCGGAGCCACAAACUUGCCAUGGUCUAUUGACGAAGCAGCAAGGAGGAGAUUUGUGCGUCGACAAUACAUUCCCUUGCCGGAGGCAGAAGCGAGGAAACACCAAAUUAUGAAGUUGUUACAGUAUCAGAAGAAUACGUUGUCGGAUGAAGAUUAUGACAAGUUGAUUCAAUUGACUGAAGGGUUCAGUGGUAGUGAUAUUACGGCAUUGGCAAAAGAUUCAGCGAUGGGUCCAUUAAGAUCUUUAGGCGACAAGUUGUUGCUGACACCCACUGAUCAGAUAAGGCCUAUCAGUUUGCAGGAUUUUGAAAACAGUUUAAAAUAUAUCAGGCCAAGUGUGUCGAAAGAAGGGCUUCAAGAAUAUGAAGAUUGGGCAGAGAAAUUUGGCUCAAGUGGUGCGUAA